CUCUUCGUGGUCAAUUCAAUCAUAAAGAGCAAGCAAGAAAACGUUUUAACGUGCAUUAGAGAAGGACUCGAAGACAUGAAGUAUUCUCUAUGGGAUCGGAUAUCUCUUGUCUUAAGUUGAAGAUCCAAGUCCAUACUAUUGGAGGGAUUGACCAAGAAGUUCUCAGAAUGGGGAAUGAAACCUCCUCCACAGCGUCCCACGUGGUCCAACAGAUCCAAAGCAAUGUCGAGGAGAAGUGGGAUCAAAUCCAAACUGUCAUUAACGAGCAAAAGACCAACCAGAACGACAUUUCCAAUGGUUCCAACGGAGGAUCGUCUUCCAUAUCUAAUGAGAAUGAAGAGCAAGAGGUUUCGACUGAAGUUCAAGGUUUAGACCCUUUGGACCUUGAAGAAGCACCCUCUUUAACAGCAGAACAGAUUCAAGAGGUCAAAACUAGUUGGAUCACGUUGAAGGACAAGUUGAAAAACAUCGGCGUGCUCACCUUCCUCCACUUGUUCGACCAUCAUCCAGAUGCCAAGAACAGCUUUAAGUCUUUCACGGACAUGUCCACGGAGGACCUGAGAGAAAACGAAAUAUUUCACAACCACGCCAACAGAGUCAUGAAAGUGAUCGAGAAGGUUGUUGAUCGCAUCGAUACCCCGGAAACCUACAUCAAGUACUUGACCAUGCUGGGCCAGAAACAUGUGAUGUACGAUGCCGAACCUCAAUACCUCAAUCAAAUGGGAUUCAUGUUCCUCGCCGCCAUCCAGCCUAUUCUAGAGAAAGAGAAUGCAUGGAACGAUGAGGUUCGGGAUGCCUGGGAACAACUCUUCUUGGUCGUCAUUUACACCAUGAGAACGUCCAUGGAAAGAGAACAAAGACUGGCUCAAAAUGGAUCCGCCCGGGCACACUCUUGAAAACGCAUAAAAAAGCAUAGAUGUGUUCUUAUUUGUACUUAUUUCACAUGCGAAGAAUGCUGGACUAAUAAAACAGAUGGUGUCUAUU